GCCUUCAAUCUUUCCCAGCAUCAGGGUCUUUUCCACGUCUGGCACGGAGGUUCCAGCUCUGCUUCUGAGGGUGCUGCCAGCCCAGACCCCUGCCUCGUGUCCCCGGAGGUGACUGAGCCGAGAGAGCACCCACAGGCAGCCAGGGGCCCAGAAGAUUCUCCACGUCCCAGUGCACCGGCGCCCCAGGAACGGGAGAGUCCCUCUUCCUCCAUGCGCUUUGCCGAGGGCUCCCCAGAAGGUUGCUUGGCGAGCCCAGAAGGGGAACAUGAAGGUUGGCCCCUGGUUCAACACCCUCAGAGGGAACCUUCUCCAAAUGGCCCGGGAGAGGCCCCAGCAGCCCCUGUCCCUCAGGACGACAACUCAACUCAGCACAAGGUGGUUUUUGUCGUCCCCAGUGCCGGAGGAGAGACAGGUUCGAAGGACGAAGAAGGGCAGAGACUGUCUUCCUCCAGCUCCACUGAUGAGUUGGCAGGAAUUCCACCAACUGCUUCUCCAGAGCCGAUGAAGGUGCAACUCUGUGGAGAGGAUGCCCAGCCUGGUGAUUUCAACUCCCAAGGGCAAGAGGCUGCAGCUGGCUUUCCAUGGCCAGAGUCCCAGCAGGGAGCCCCCAAGGCUCCUGCUGCCCAACUAGGCCAAGAGGGCUCAGCCAGCCUGGAGGAGCCUCCCGUAAAACCCAUGACCUCAACCUCCCAAGAGCUAGCCCCCGAAUGCCCAGUGGAGGGGCCUCCUCAGGAUUUCACCGAUGAUGACGUGGGAUUCCUCGGGCCCUGCCCUCCCACUGGGACCAGUUCAGGGGCCGCCCACGAAGCUGAAGGGAAGGCCGAUUCCGAGGAAAGCUGCCAGCAGCCGAUGGGAGCGCUCCCGCCUGCAGAGCUGCCCUGGAAUUCUCCGGGUCCUGCCCUGGCGCCAGGGGACAAGGGCUCUUGGGAGGAGACUCUGGGUGCCCUUGAUGCUCAGGGUCACUUGCAGACCAGGAGCCAAGAUGUUGAGCCUGGUCAAGUCACCUGGGCAGCGAGAGCUGACCAGCCGGAGGGAGUUUUGUUCAUGAGCCCUGAGCCUGCCCCACAUGCUGCAACCAAGGAUGCGGGUCCAGCUUCAAACCUCCCCUCCCUGCCAGCUGCUCUGGCCUGCGUGGCUGCAGAACAAGCCAGGGAGCUGGUUUCCGUGGCCGAGAUGCCUGUUCUCACAGAUCUGGCUACAGAGAGGGUAGAAGCAGGGUUGUUAGAACCAGAGAAGCAAGCAUCAGACCUCAGAGGAGAAGGAGAGGGUUGGGAAGGAGGCCCCAGAGAGAUUCCUGCUCCUGCCUCCCUGGAGGAAAGGGCAGAGCUCAGGAAUAGGGAGCUAAGCCAUGAAGUCCAACCAAAGGUUCCACCUCUCCCCACUCCCAGCGCAUCAGAUGAGAGUGCCAGCAGGUCACUAGGGCUGAAGGAUGAAGCCAAGGCCCCUGAAGACCCAGCUGUGACUGAGAAGGAAAGCAGAGACUCUGGGGCUGAUCCUAGAGGACAGGGAGCAGCCCCAGGGCCCCUUGAUGGUGCAGAUCCUGGGAAUCUACAGGCAGAGCAACCCGAGGCCUGGGGCUGCAAGCCUGAUCCAGAGGUGGACAAGGCCGAGGUUUCACAGCUGCCUGGAGAUGAGAGCACAGGCCUUCCAAACACAGUCCUAGCACAGCCACUCGGAGAGGAGAUCCCUGGGCAUGCGGACAGGUCCAACCCUCCCUCAGAAGAUGCAGCUUGGAACGUGGUGGCCCGUGGAAUGAUGGGAGAAUCCCAAGUGGUCCACGCAUCAGGCUCACUGCAAAAGCUCCCUGAACAGCAUCCUGGCCCACUCUCUGGACCAGAAGGAGCUGGGGAACAUGUUCUUCCCCAGGGAGCCGUCUGGGCGGGGCCGGGACCGCAGACCAAAUGUCCCGACACCCUUCAGGACGUGGAGGGACUGGGAAGAAUGGAUUCUCUUCCUGCUUUAGAAUCUGAGAAAUUGGAUUUCCUGUUGGCUCCUGCUCCAGAGGUCGUCCCCAAAGCCCAGGAGGUGGAGCACAUGCCUGAAAUAAAGUCAGGGAGCCACCCAUCCGCACAGAGGCCCGGCCGUGGGGCGGGGGAGGGCUCGCUGACACCCCCUCACCCCCAUGGGCUGGGGCGUGACACAGCUGGACAGGAAGUCCACGCUGAUGGGCCCCCUCCCCCUGAGGAAGAGAACCGGGCAGUGGACUGUGGGCUCACAACACUCAGCCUGGAGCAAGAUCGGCAGGGAAACGUAUCCCACCCGGGGGACAGCAGCAUAGAAGUGAUUGCAUCCGAGAGGCCCUUACUGUGUCCUGAGAACCAUCUCCAGAUAUCCCAGACACACCCAGAAGCAUCGGUGUUCGGUAUGCUCAGGGAGACAUCCCAACAGUGUGAAAGCAAGGAAGAGACUUAUCCAGGUGAUUUGGAUUUUAAUAUCCUGGGCGCAGAUUCUCCUCAAAUCCACAUACCCGUGGAACCUCGGGAAGAUGUGAGCUUAUCCACUCAUGGAGGAAAAGAACGGGCUUCUGAAACAGAACUUCAAAGUGAACUUCUCAAAGGCAGUCUGUCUGAUGCUCCGAGUUCACCUCCUGGGGACACAGUUCUGGAGAAUCCUACAACUGAGAAGUCGCAGUUGUCAGCACCCAUGAGGCCUGAGUUGCCUGCACUCGGGAAGAAGGGGCAAGACGGAGAAUGCAGCGGCAGUCAGCUGUCCAGGAGCUCAUCUCCUGCAGUGGACACCUUCCAAGACCCUUCUCUUGCAGGUAGCUUGAAUAGAAAGGAACAUAGCUGUACUGGGCAGGGGCCACACGAGUCCCAACAGGAGCUGGUUGAUGGGCUGAAUGCCGGCAGCCAGCAUGAAGAAGCAUGUCUUGAGGAUGCAGGCAUUUCAGGAGCAGCUGACGCUUGGCCCCAGCUCCAGGACUUGGGCAAGACAGAGAAGGCAAGUGGAAACAUUGUGGGGGCCCCGCCUCGUCGGCCUGACUCAGUAGCUCUCCCAGAGGCAGCUCACUGCCGGCCGGUUCCAGCACCUACCAGCCCCCGAGCCACACCCACCCAGGAUGCCCCAGUGAGAGACGCAGGUGAAGAAACCCAGGAGGGCGGGCAGCAACCGGGGUUGGUCCCACAGAAGGAAAUGGAGCACCUCACUGCCUCGGAUGCAGAGGUCCCGGAGCUUCCUGGGAUUUUCCCAUCAGCCAAGGAUCAAGGUGCGGAUGGUGCUGAGACUUGUGGGAAGGCGGACGGAGGAGCCCUGGGGAUGUGGCAGGCUCUGGGGGAGCCAGGCUCCCUCCAAAUAGAGCAGCGCCCCUCCCCUGGGGAGGAAGCCUCUACCCCUGCUACAGGUGAGCAGCUCUCGGCCAACUGCCAGGAUGUCUGGCCUGUAGCUAGGGACCUGGCUGAAAGUCCCAGGAGCCUGGUGGAUCUUUCUGCAGCGCAGGUUGUCCCUGACUCAAAGAGGCUCCUGCCGUCUGGACCCCCGGAGGAGGCUGCCCCUGGCACUCCUUACCUGCACAUCGAGGGUGCUGCCAGGAAAGGGCUGGAAGACAGUGUCGUGAUAGCUGUCUCACCCCAAGGCCCCGGAGCCCCUGGUGAAAGCCCUUGUUCCACUCGGGAGCCCCUGCUUGCCUCGGAAAAGGCCUCCUCCACGGAGGGCUCUGCUGAGUCCUCCCUCUCGCAAGCAGGAGCUGCAGGUGAGGGAAUCUCUGCAGGGCCAGCCAGCCCCAGAAGCCCCAAAGCCGGGACAUCAGAGGGUCCUGUGGACUCCGUGCCCUACCUGGACAGGAUGCCAUUUCUGGUCAAGGGUAAGCAGACCACAGAGGAGGAGAAGCGGUCAGGAGCUCCUGGUGCAAGUUCUGAGCCCGGUGAAAUUCCAGCAUGCCCUGUCAGUGAGGAGAGCAAGGCAGGGGAAGCAGCAAGAGAGACUGAGGGCAGCGGGGAGAGGAUGCUAGAGCCUUCCAAGGAUCCCAGGCGGGGAGCAUCAGCUGGUGUAGACGCCAGCUGCAGGCAGACCGGGAUGCUCGCUGGGUUGCCUGAUUUCAGGGAGCACAUCACCAAGAUCUUCGAGAAGUCUGUGCUUGGAGCCCUGACCACCGAUCGGCCCCAGAGCACAAAGGGAGAAAAGGUGGGAGCCGGGAAGAGGGUGAUGGAGAAGGGCCUCACGGUGCCAAGCCCAGAGAAGCUUCCAGAUGCAACUCAAGGAGUGGCCAUCGCCCCUCUCCCCACCCUUCCCGCUGGUCUCUGGGUGGACUCGAAGGGGAAGAAGCAAGAGCUGACUGUGGAGGCUGAGAUUUCUCGUCUGGGUCCCCAGGAUCCAGCUCCAGGAAAGCUGCCGGGGCUGGCCUGGCUGGCCACAGAGCACAACCUGCUGGGCGCCAGUGUCGGGAAGGAAAUGAGCGAGGCCCUGCAGAUGCUGGCGGACAGCGAGAAACCCGAGGGGGCCGGGGAAGGCUGGUGGCCGGGACCUGGAGGAGUCCCGGCCCAUUCACAGCAGGCAGAUGGCCCGCAGGAAUCAGCUUCGGGUCUGUCUUCACAAGCAGCAUCUCCAAAGAUUUCCGGGGCUGACUUGCAGGUGGCUUCCCAGAGCCAUGGAGAAGGGGAUUCAGGUCCAGAUGACAGGAUUCCUUCUGGAAAACAGUGCCAGGAAACAGCCCGCCGGGACAGUCAACCCAGAGAAGAUGGUGCCCGGGGCUCUUCUUACCCAGCGGCUCUGGGUGACAUGCCAGGAUCCACCUCUGCCCAGGGAGCAUCUCCCCACAGGGACGUCCCACCUCUGCCCGAGGCCGUCAGUGAGCCCUGCACCCCAAACCUGCUUGGGGGUGAGAGGGGGCGUGUAGGUGCAGCUGGCGUCUCGGAAACACAAGAUGCCCUGCGCACCCAGGGCGCCUCAGAUCCCCCAGCUGGGGAAGUGGCAGAGAAUCCGCUGGAGCCCGGCUUGGAAGCCGGAGCUGCUGGGGAAGCAGAGGGUGACGUCACUUUGAGCACAGCUGGGACUGGGGCACAUGUGUCUGAGGACCUGCCUGAAACAGGUACUACGAGAAUAUUCUCCGGUGUGGCUGCUGCCUCGGCUGUGCCAGGAAGCCCUGGGUACCCAGGCUGCUCAGAAGGGGCUCUGAGGAUGGAUGCAGAAGUCGCCCCAGAUGGGGGCCGCCCAGCUGGGCCCCCACAGGCCGAGGAGCAACCCAGGCCUGAGCUCCCUGCUUUUGCGGAAGAUGGGAAGAUGGGUGUCUCCUCACCCCCAGAACCUGACGAAACUCUGGACCCGAAGCAGCAAAACCUGGAUCCAGAAGCACUGGACGCUGAGAGAAAGAGCCCCAAGGCUGGCCCAUCCACGUUACCUUUGGUUCCUGAGAAGGAUGCUCCAGACAUCACGGACAAGGUUAUUUCAGAUGAUGCCAGCAGUGCGGUUGGAGCAGAAAGUUCACUUGUACCAGAUUAUGUCAUCCAGCCAGCUGCCCUUGAAGACCUGGAAAACCCAAUCUUAGCCGCCUUGUCCUCCCAUAGUGACGUCAGCAGCCAGGUCUCCACGGAUCUGACAGCCCAGAGCACCAUCCCAGCUGCUGCCCGCGUGGAUCUCACUGCUCCGGCCUCAGAAUACGCAUCUCUGCCUUCCGCCCCAGCUGGUGAUGGAGUCGAAGCUUCCGUUCCCUCCUGCCAACGUCUGGCCAAGGACUUAAGCAGUGCAGCAGCCCCGGCCGCCGGCCGGCCCACCCUGGGCUCCCGCUGGAGGUACCGUGCCAGGACGCUGGCCCUGCUCGCGGCUAGCCUGCACUCCAGGGCGCAGCGAGGAUGGGAGGGUCGCAGUCUCUGCAGCCAGUCCCAGCCAGCGACCUGA